AGAUGGAAACAGAAGGUGAUGGAGAGGACUGUGGAGGACCAGAACCAGGCAGGAACUCAGAUCCAGAUAGACACCCAGAACAGGAAAGUGAGACUUCAGACUCAUCUGAAUCUGAGCCUGAAGAAGACUAUACGGAUCCUGAAAGAAAACCGUUUCGCUGCUCCGUGUGCGCCAAAACAUUUAAACAGAGAGGAAAUCUGAAUAUACACAUGAGAACUCACACAGGAGUGAAACCCUUCGGCUGCUCCGUGUGCGGUAAAAAGUUCACUCAGAAAGCUGGUCUGGACUACCACCUGAGAAUCCACACGGGGGAGAAACCGUUCAGUUGCUCACUCUGCGGUAAAAGCUUUCGCCACAAAGGAGCGGUCACGUCUCACAUGGCGACGCACACAGGAGCAAAACCGUUCAGCUGCAGUGUUUGUAACAAAAGAUUCAGGGCCACGUCGCAGCUCAAAGUCCACAAGUGUGUCGGAGAGUACUCGCGGCUCCUCGGGGCCCGAGGGGACGAACGCAACAAACCGCUGAGCUGCUCAGAAUGUGACAUGACGUUUCCCAACAACUACCUUCUGGUGACCCACAUGAGGAUGCACAAAGGAAAGACACUGUUCACCUGCUCCGUGUGUGGUCAGAAACGUCAGUUUAGUUCCCACCUGGAGAUACACAUGAGAACCCACACCGGAGAGAAACCGUUCAGCUGCUCCGUUUGCGGUAAACGGUUUUCUCAGAGGGGAAUCAUGUCGCAGCACAUGGCGGUCCACUCGGGGGUGAAGCCAUUCAGCUGCACCGUCUGUGGGAGGAGAUUCUUCUGGCAUUUUCAGAUCAAAAAACACAAGUGUCUCGGUGAGUUCUCACAGUUCAGAGGAAGUGGCUUUAAUGAAGAGGACUUUGAAGGAUCAGAACCAGCCAGUUCAGAUCCAGUUGGACAUUUAGAACCAGGAACUGAUGUCAAGAAUGAACCGUCCUCUGAACCUGAUGACAGUGUUGACGUUGAGUUUUGGAAAGAGACCAGGAAACAUCAGUCAGGGUUCACAUACCAGAGAAAUAAAAAGGUCUCUGCAAAUGAUGGAUUUAAUAGCAGCAAGAAACCUUUCAGCUGCUCUGAAGACGAGGCUGAAACUGAACUCAAGACUGAUAACGGAGUUGAAGGUGAUCGACCUCAAUCAGGUCCGAAGCAUCUGAACAGUGAGGAGGUCUCUGUCAGAGAUCCAGGAUGUAACACUGACAUGAAACCUUUCAGCUCGUCUGAGUGUCACGAAAGAUCUGAAGACAGUCUCACUCUGCUGACACACAACAACCCCCCCACAGGAGAGAAACCGCUCAGCUGCUUAUUUUGCGGAAAAGGAUUUGCAACGGCGGGACACCUGUCAAGACACACGUCCGUCCACACGGGAGAGAAACCGCUUGGCUGCAUCAUUUGUCAGGAGAGAUUCGCUCUGGAGUCCCAACUCGUCGGUCACGAGUGUGUCGGCGAGUCCUCGCGGCUCCAAGACGACGACGACACGUCUGUCGGCGGCUCUCAGAGCGGUGGAGGGUUGAACCUGAAGCACCAGCUGCAGGUUCCCGUGAGACUCCACACAGGACUGAAACCGUUCGGCUGCUCAGUUUGCGGUAGAACGUUUGCCGAGCGUGAGAGCUUAAGUUCUCACAUGACAUGUCACUCGGGGGAAAAACCGUUCCGCUGCUCAGUGUGCAACACAGGAUGCAGUGACAGCGAGUCUUUGGUUCAGCACAUGAGGAUCCACGCGAGGCAAACGCAGUUCAGUUGCACCGUUUGUGGGAAAGAAUUUGCUUGGAGGCGACAUCUGGAGAAACAUCUGGAAGUCCACUCGAGGGAGAAAGUCUACAGCUGCAGAUAUUGUGAGCAAAGAUUCGGUUGGCAUUAUCAGCUGAAAUAUCAUCAGUGUGUUGGUCAUCGGUCCUCACAGCUUCAUCAGAGUCGGACUGAGAAGAACAGAGAGGCGGAGCCUCCAGAAGGUGAUGGAGAGGACUGUGGAGGACCAGAACCAGACAGGAACUCAGAUCCACAUAGACAUCCAGAACCAGAUACUGGAGACUCUUCUGAACCUGAGACUGAAGACAGUGCCGACAGUGAUUUUUGGGACGAGAGCUGUGGACGUCUGUCUGGUUUAAACUCUGUGAAACAUGAUGAUGUCUCUCAGAGCGAUGAAACAUUUACCAACCACCACAGAAGAAGAAGUCCUACAGGAGGGGAACAGUCCACAGAAGGAGGAAGACUGAGCCGGCACACGGACCCAGAGCCCCCACACAUUAAAGAGGAACAGGAGGAACCCUGGACCAGUCAGGAGGGAGAACAGCUUCAAAGAGGACCAGAACCAGACAGGAACUCAGAUCCAGAUAGACAUCCAGAACCAGAUACUGAUGAUAGUGUCGAUAGUGAUUUUUGGAAGGAGACCAGAGAACCUCAGUCGGGAUUAAACUCUCUGAAGAAUAAUGAAAUCUCUGACAGUAUUAUGGGAUGUCAUUCCGUCAACAAAGAAGAGUGUCUUGAACCCGACAGCAAUUUUUGGAAAGACGACAGGAGGUCCGGUCUAAACAGUAACGAAGUUCCCGAAAGCGAAACGAGGUUCACCGUCACAAAACCGUACAGCUGCACCGAGUGCGGAAAGAGAUUCCACCACGAUUACAAUCUGAAGAACCACAUGAAGUACCACACGGGGGAGAAGGCCUUCUUCUGCUCCGUCUGUGGUCUGAAAUGUCUCUACAAGUCCCAUCUGGAGAUCCACAUGAGAACGCACACCAGAGAGAAACCAUUCCCGUGCCUGGUUUGCGGUAAGAAAUACGCUCACAAGGCCAGCAUGCAGUCGCACAUGGCCGUCCACACGGUGGAGAAACAGUACAGCUGCAGCGUCUGCGGCGAAGGCUUCGCUUGGUACACGGAGCUGAAGUACCACCAGUGUGCCGGAGAGUCGACGCGGGAAAUCUGGAGAGAAGCGAUGUGACUCGGCCGUUUGU